AUGACUCAGCUUUUGUUUUUGGCUCUCGUAACCACCGUGGUCACCAGCGUUCAGGCCGCCCUUAUUAGCAACAACACCCCCACAUUGCAUAUCUUUGGGAAUUCCCUGUCAGACGUCGGCACCCUAAAGGAAUUGACCAUGAGCAUGAUUCCUUCCAAGCCUUACUGGAAGGGUCGCUUCUCCUCGGGACCCGUCUGGAACGAGUAUCUGGCCAAGCUGCUUGACUAUAACCUGUACAACAAGGCCGUCGGCGGUUUUACUUCUGACAAUUUCAACUCGGGGCUUCUCGACUUUUUGCCCAUCCCGCUUCCCAUUCCUAUCAGCAUCCCGAGCACCCAGGACCAAAUCAACAAUUUUAAGUCUAAGAACCCAAAGUACAAGCUUUCAUACACUGUCGAGAAGGACAUUGUGGUGCUUGAGAUCGGUGCCAACGAUUUUUUUGCUGAGAUAAUUAACAUAUCGACAAACAAAUUUGCCCUCAGCAGUUUUGUCGAGACCCUAUCCAACAGCGUGGUCAGCCAGCUGGAGCAGCUCCGCAGCAUUGGUUUUAAGAACAUUAUUGUUACUAAUCUGGCCGCUAUCCAGUUUACUCCGUUCGCAGAUAUUUUGCACCUUGAGAGUCUGGUAAACACCACUGUGCAUCAGUACAACGACCAGCUGACUAGCAAGGUCAAUGAGUGGGCGAGCGAAGCCUUGGACCUGACGUCCUUCAGCAUAGCCGAUAUUGGUGGAUUUGUCGAAACCACAGUCAACUCUGAAGCCAUUGCUAAUGCCCUCGGGCUCACCAGCGUCAGCACUUCCUGUGUUGGCGGAAACACUCUGAACUUGUUGCAGGCGGAUAACAAGCUGCUUGCGCUUAUGAAGUUAAUUUUUGAUGCCAAGGAGAACCUCAUGUGUGCUGACCCGAGCAAGUCGUACUUCUUUGAUUUUGUCCACCCGGGUGAGAAAAUCACCAGGUUGUUUGGUUACUACACCAAGGAGCUUAUUGAUGCUGUCAACUCUAGCGAGCAGAUAUCUAUGACUGAGGAUAAUUUGCUCAACAUUAUUAACAAGUACAGUCUUGGUUCACCUGUUGCUAAGCCUGUCCAGAUUUAA